AAAAACCCUCAGCUUUGGGAAGUAUUGAAGUGAAAAUAGUUUGGAAAAAGGUGUAAUUGGAGAAAAGGAAGAGAGAAGAUGGGAUGCUUCGAUUGCUUCGAUGGGGGCAGCAAAAGAGAACAAAGGAGAGAAGAAGAACAAUUAGCCUCCGAAGAAGCUCGUGCCAGAGCUGCCGAAGCCGCCCAAAAAAGGCAAGAACAAUAUGAAAAAUCUGCCGCAGGAAGAGCAGCACGUGCACAAAUGGCAGCUGCUGCCAAGCAAGCAACGAAAGCAAACCAGGGAGAACCAGUUCUUAAAUGGCAGAUGGGAUGAGCAUUAGUUCUCUUAGGUCAACUUCUUUCAUUCAUCGUCUUCUGUUAUUUUGUGGUCAUCCUUCAGAUACCUCACAGUAUUCCAUCUUUAAAUCAAACCAAUCACAGCCUCCCAACCUUUUCUUCCAAUGGAAGUGUUACUGUUUCCAAGUUUUGGCAAAAACAUCUUUGGGUGUCUCUUCCUCUCUUUUCCACAACAGAUGAAUGAAGUGUUCGUCUUUGUAAGAAAAACUAGAGUGUGGAUUCACUGAUCUUCUUUUAAUGCAAUUCAAAGUAAGACUCUUUGACUGAAAUACAGGGGAGAGACCAAGACUUGUUUAACUUUACUGAACAUCUUUCAAGUUGUUUUACGUUUGUCAUAUUCCCACAUUUAAAAAAGUGAGCUUUUUCACAGGGUAAGGGUUUGUAAUCAAUUAGAAUUGUUUGCAGUGCUACAGUACAUUCUGGGACUGCUUUUGUGACUGCCUAUAGAUAAAUCAUGUCUUUAUUAUAAAUAGUACUUUACUUCAUAAACUUUGUAAAUCAGCUUUAGUUUCCAUACGAGAAAGAACUGACAUCUCAGAUUCUUCA